AUGGAACAAACAACAGAUUUUGCAGAUUACGUGUCAUAUUCCUAUGAUGAAUCUUUAUUUAACAAGCCUUGUGACAAAGUGGAUAUAUAUGUAUUUGCUGCUAAUCUCACCACCAUCUUGAAUUCUCUUUUCUUUGUCUUCAGCAUCAUUGGAAACUGCCUUGUCCUCUGGAUUCUCAUCAAAUAUGAAAAUCUUGUGUCUCUUACAAAUGUCUUCAUUUUUAAUCUCUCCAUUGCAGACCUGAUUUUUACUUCUUGGCUUCCAUUUUUUAUUGUCUAUCAUAGGCGUGGGUGGGUGUUUGGAUCUGUGGCUUGCAAAAUCUUUAAUGCCCUUUUCUCCAUUGGAUUUUAUAGUGGAAUUAUUUUCUUGACAUGUAUGACUUUUCAUCGAUACUUAUCUGUGGUUGAUCCUGUGUCAGCAAUGAAAACCAGAAAACCCAUAUUUGGAAUCAUGGCCAGUUUAAUUAGUUGGAUAAUUAGCAUUGUUGCCUCUCUCCCUGUGAUUAUAUUUAAAACUCAGACCAAUUCCGAUGGGUUUCAGAGUUGUGAAUAUAAUGAUCUCAUUCCAAAAUUAGUGAGCAAUUAUCAACAAAAUGUUUCCUUUCUGGUUGCCUUCGCUGUUAUCAUCUUCUGUUAUUAUAAAAUAAUAAAGACAUUACUCAGAUCUCGGUCCCAGAGAAAUCAUAAACCAGUUAAACUAAUUCUAAUUAUUGUGGUAGUAUAUUUCAUCAGUUGGGCUCCUUAUAACGUUGUUUUACUUUUACAGUCUUUACACCUUCAACAGUUUUUUAUGGACUGUGAAUUAAUUAAGAGCAUUGAUUAUGCAAAAUACAUCAGUGAAAAGCUAGCGAUUUCUCACUGUUGUCUCAAUCCUAUAUUGUAUGCAUUUGUUGGUAUUAAAUUUAGAAGACAUUUGAAGCACUUUUUACAUCAUUACAGACCAUGUAACAAUCAAGAUGAACUUGCUAAUUCAGUGAGAAUUCAUUCAAAUGAUUUCUAUCAUGAAGAUGGAUCUCUUUACUAAAUUACUAGUUUUAUAGCAUAUGUUGCAUUGGCUUGCUCUGAUACAUGUUACCGAAUCCUUAUUAAAAUUCCUAUAAGCUUCCACUUGUACCAUAAAAUAGUUUAAUUCAUACAUUUUUGUCUUUAUCCUAUAUUGUAUGCAUUUAAUAGUAUUACAUUUCAAACACAUUUGAAGCACUUUUUACAUCAU